AUGCGCGUGCGCGGCGGUGGGGCUGCGCGCGCCGGCACCGCCCUGUCCCGGGAACGGCGGCGGGGAUGGGGGACAUCGACCGGGAUCACGGGCGGGGAUGGGGGAUGUCCACCGGGAUCACGGGCGGGGAUGGGGAACGUCCACCGGGAUCACGGGGGGGGAUGCGGGAACAACCACCGGGAUCACGGGCGGGGAUGGGGGAUAUCCCCCGGGAUCACGGGCGGGGAUGGGGGACAUCCACCGGGAUCACGGGCGGGGAUGGGGGACAUCCACCGGGAUCACGGGCGGGGAUGGGGGACAUCCACCGGGAUCACGGGCGGGGAUGGGGAACAUCCACCGGGAUCACGGGCGGGGAUGGGGGACAUCCACCGGGAUCACGGGCGGGGAUGGGGGACAUCCACCGGGAUCACGGGCGGGGAUGGGGAACGUCCACCGGGAUCACGGGCGGGGAUGGGGAACAACCGCCGGGAUCACGGGGGAUGUGGGGAACAUCCACCGGGAUCACGGGCGGGGAUGGGGGACAUCCACCGGGAUCACGGGCGGGGAUGGGGAACAUCCACCGGGAUCACGGGCGGGGAUGGGGAACAUCCACCGGGAUCACGGGCGGGGAUGGGGGACAUCCACGGGGAGGCCGUCGGGACGGGCGCGGCGGCAGGGACAGGGAUGGGGCAGACACAGGGACAGGGGUGGGACGUGGGGCAGACACAGGGACAGGGGCAGUGA